AAAUGAGUACUCUAAUUCUGCUUUGAAAAAUAAAAAUAGUAACGGAAAAUUAAUCAAAACUGGAAAAACGAACAAAAAGGAUACAAGAAAAAGUUAGCAGCCUUUUUUUUCUCUGAUAUUAUUAACGCACAUAUAUCAAACCAAAUCAAUAGCUUUCACCAUAAAUCAUAAAUCACAAGAACAAAAUAUUCGGUGAUAUGAAACUGGACAAAUGGGGUUAUGAAGUGAGGACCUGUUCAGAUGCUUGCCUAUCUGCUAUUAACUCGUACUACGAACAGGUGCUUAGCUAUGGAAGAAACAGGUCGAUAAUAUUGGAAGCUCCAAAAUGUGAUCCAGAAUGUGUUUUGGGCAAUAUUUUGGCUGCCCAUUUUCUCUGCUCUUCUGAUUCUUCUCAUGCUACUCAGCUCUUGGACACCGCCAAGUCUCAUCUUGAACAAGCUAGCUCAUAUGAGAAAGCUGUAUUUGAGACUUUGGUAUAUUUAACUUCUCCAGAUAGAGAUGAUGAUUUGGCUGUCGAAAUGCAUUCCAAGCUAUUACAAGAUUUCCCUCGAGAUCUUGUGUCACUAAAGAGAGCUCAAGUGCUAUGCUUUUAUAUGGGUCAACCAGAUCCAUCAUUGAAGCUCGUAGAACAGGUCCUACCAACAAACGAGCAAGAGAGUUAUAUAUAUGGGAUGCUUGCAUUUCCUUUGCUUGAGCUUGGUCGAAUGGAAGAUGCAGAGAAAGCUGGCAAAAAGGGAUAUGAGAUCAACAAGGAUGAUCCUUGGUCUCAGCAUGCAGUUAGUAUCUUAUUUGAUUUUGUUAAUCAUUUAUUUACUCUGCUUGGCUAUAUUCAAAAUCUUCUUAAGUUUUUACUUAAUCACGAUCCUUCUCAUGGGGUGAAUAUCAUUCAGUAUUUCCUGGCAAUAGUUAAACUUUGCCAUGUUUACCAGUAUGAAUGUCGGUUCAAAGAAGCAGUGGAGUUCAUGAGUAACUGUGCAAGAUCAUGGGGUUGCUUAUCAUCUUUUAUGUACACACACAACUGGUGGCACGUUGCUCUAUGUUAUUUGGAAGGCUGUGCUCCUAUAGAAAAAGUGCAGGAAGUUUAUGACGAAUGCAUUUGGAAAGAACUUGAAAGAAGUGAUUCUGUGCCGGCUGAGGUAUACUUAAAUGCCAUUGGUUUGUUGUUGCGUGUGUAUAUACGAGGUGAAGGUGAAAUUUUCAAGGGCCAUCUACAGGAUUUAGCAAAGUGUUUGAGAGAUCAAGUAAUCGGGGCAUCUGACGAACAGCUUGAUGUGUUCACCGAACUACAUAUAAUUUUGCUGCUAAAUACUGGAGAGGCAGUCAAAGCUAUACAAGCUAUUAAGAAACAGUUAAAAAAACGAGAGGGUGCACCGUUUUUAUGGCGUCUCUUGGAGAAAGCCUAUACAGCUCUAGGAAAGGAAGAAGCUGCAAGUUGUGGUCAGAAAGCUGGGGAGUUGGAAGCUGCAUACUUUUAAUUAAGUAAAACUUGCAAAUAUGUCUGUAUUGAGCUCCUAUAGAGGUUAAAGUAAGAGCCAUCUUGCUCUCCACGUAAUCCCACUCGAUUGCCGGUCUUUUUCCGGAGUUGGCUUUGACAAGGAAAUGCAUGUUUAUGUAAUAACUUCGACACAUUUAGGCUCCAUUCGGUUGGACCCAAUGAUGUUGAACCAUUGUAAUAAAUCCUAUGAGCUUGUUUGAAUAAAGCACUUGUUUAUGCAGUGUAUUUACAUCUCCUUGUCAAUUGAAGUCGUUUUUUCAUGUAAUUUCUACACCAAAGUGAAAUGUUUCCAGUUAAAUUGAACAAUUUUGGCC